AUGAGGUGGCGGCUGCUGUGGCUCCUGUGCGCCGCCGGCUGGUGGGGCGCCGGGGGCAAGACGCUGCGGGGCGGCUUCGCCAGUGCCGCCGCCCGGCUGGAGCCGUGGCGGCCCGUGGUGCGGUUCCAGUUCCACGGUGACCAUGCUGUUCUGUGUGUCAGAAUCAAGAACGUAGCAGUAGCUGUGACAAAAGAAGCUAGACUUCACCUGUUUCAAGCACAAGAAUGGCAGAAGCUGCAGAACAGUAUCCAAGAUCACAGCUGUACAGAGAAGUUCUCUAAAGCUCAGCUGACAAUGACUGUGAACUACACAGAGCAAAAUCUGACAGUCUCCCAGAUUCCUUACCCGGAAACAUGGUAUGUGUUUUAUGUAGACAAGUUUACCUGCGAGGAGAAUUAUUCUGAAUCCGAGGAUAUUCAGUUUGAAAUGGUCUUACUAAACCCAGAUGCAGAAGGGAAUCCAUUAGAUCACUUUAGCGCAGGGGAAUCUGGAUUACAUGAAUUCUUUUUCCUGCUUGUCCUAGCAUACUUCGUAACUGCUUGCAUAUAUGCACAGUCCCUAUGGCAAACAAUUAAGAAGCGUGGACCUAUGCAUACUGUAUUAAAGGUGUUGACAGUUGCAUUACUGUUGCAGGCUGGUUCAGCUUUUGCCAACUACCUGCAUUUCUCAAGUUAUUCUAGAGAUGGAAUAGGAGCACCUUUUAUAGGAAGUCUGGCAGAAUUGUGUGACAUAGUCUCACAGAUACAAAUGCUGUAUUUAUUGUUGAGUCUGUGCAUGGGUUGGACAGUAGGCAGAAUGAAGAAAUCUCAUGGCAGACCUCUUCAGUGGGAUUCCACUCCAACAUCUACUGGCAUUGCUGUAGUAGUUGUUGUUACACAGAGCUUUUUAUUAAUUUGGGAGCAGUUUGAAGAUACAAAUCACCACAGCUACCAUUCACACCAUGGCUUAGCAAGCGGACUGCUUAUCGGCCUCAGAGUUUGCCUAGCUUUGUCACUGGCUGCUGGUCUUUACCAGAUCAUCACAGCGGAGAGAAGCACACUGAAAAGGGAGUUCUAUAUCACCUUUGCCAAAGCCUGCGUUCUCUGGUUUUUGUGCCACCCAUGUCUUGCAACCAUUUCUGUAAUAUUCAGAGAAUAUCAAAGAGAAAAGAUCAUUACCAUAGGUGUUACCCUCUGCCAGUGCAUCUCCAUGGUUAUCCUCUACAGACUUUUUCUAUCUCAUAGUCUAUAUUGGGAAGUAUCUUCACUGUCAUCAGUGACAUUGCCACUAACAGUAUCCUCUGGACAUAAAAAUCGACACCACUUCUGAGAUGUUUAGAAAGAAUACGUUAUGUAAUGAAUGUGCAAUAAUGACCUAAAUAUCCAGGUAUUUUUGUCACAGGUGUGUGAUACAUUGGUUUCACUGGAGAACUGCAUGAUAAUAUCAGAGCACUUCACAGACCUUUGGUCUGACAAGGUCCCUGGAUUAAUCUGUUAAAAGUAUUGUGGAGUGGAAAAGUCCAUUAUUUAUGUGUAGCAUGUGGUGCUGAGCUGUGUCACAGAAAAGUACAAUGAAUCUUUUCUCUCCCAUUCACAGCCACAAAAAAUGUCCUUACUUUAUAUCAAUACUAGGUUUGAAGGUCUUACAAAAUGCAGUUCUUAAAACAUCUGCAAGCUCAAACAAGUCUGAAAUAGGCCAGUUGUGAAAUUGGUGUGAUGCAUAACGAUGAGUACAAGUUCUUUUAUUUUCAUGCUUUAGAGCAAAUGCAUUUUAUGUAUACGUAUAAAAGAAGGGGAAACAAAAGAGGGAGAGUCCUCUAGAAAACACAUGUAAAAUGUUCACAACUGACUGCGAGAAACUUUCCUUUAUUAUUGGUGUAAAAGAAAAGCCUUUUUUUGCAACUAACGUUCAUACUGGUUAAAAUUUUAAGGGGAAUGAAAAUAGAGUUUAUAUCUGCCUUUUUUUUGAAAUAAACGUAACUAAAAAUUUCAUCCAGUAAUGAAGGUCUAAACAGUAUUUGAGGCUUAGAAGACAUAGCAGCAUAAAGGUAAUUAAAACAGCAGGCUCGCAUCUUUUAAAGAAAAAAAAAAAGGCAAAGAAAAUGGAAUGGGUGAUGUGGUACUAGAAUUUUAAUCCUGAUAUAAUUCAUUUCUGUUACAUUGAGGAUUCAAUCAUAAUUAAGCCAUAUACACAGAUUAAAUUAACAGAAGCAUUUCAAAUAAAUGUUGGUUUCAGUCAUCAACUACCCAUGAAUUCCUGCCCAAGGAUACUUAAUCAGGAUUAAAUUUUCUAUGAAUAAUUGAAAAACAAAAUACUCACUGGAUUUGUUAUAAUCCAUGUUGGCACUGGGUUCUAAGUAGUUGCCAUCUUCCAUCCAUUGUAAUAAAGCCAUACUACUUUGUGAUGCCCUAGCAUUCAGAAAGCCAGUGUAAAUAUAUACUUUAUUGAAGUGCCUAUUUAUUAUGAUUAAAUCAUGUUGACUUUUUUUUUUCCUUCAUAGUAAGAAUAUACCUAUUGCCAUUGUGACUGAAAUCUUUCUUUUUGGAUUUAGUUUAGUCUUUGUCAAAUUUUAGACUUCUUUUCAUACAUGUGUG